AUGGAUGGUCUUUCGGGAGCAGCAAGCGUCAUCGCAGUAAUCGACAUAUCCGCCAAAAUCGUCUCAAUAUGUAUCCAAUACUCCAUAGCCGUCAACGACGCAAAGGAGGAUAUCGAACGUGUGCAGAAAAAGGCUGACGCCAUCAACUGUACGCUGGAGAAGAUCAGGCAGCUGCUUGAUAGCCAGGACAAAACACGCCUCUCUGCUACUCAGAGUCUUUUCGAUUCGCUUCAACAAUGUCUUAAUGAACUAAAAGACCUAAAGCUAAAGCUGGAGCCAGGCAAGACUCGCAGCGCUAUGAGUCGAUAUGGCUUGCGUGCGCUCAAAUGGCCGUUCAAGAGCAAGCAAGUGGACAAGAUUGUUUCAAACUUGAGCGGAUAUGAGCAGACCUUCAACUUAGCGCUGCAAGUUGAUCAGACAACUACCAUGAUCAGCAUAGACCGGAAGCUGGACCUUUCCAAACUAUCUGUCGCAACAGGCGCCUGCUUCAACUCCCACGACGAAGAACACAACGCACGAUGCCUACCAAACACCCGCACCCAAUUAUUAGACGAGAUCGUGACAUGGGCAAAUGACAAGAACAGCAAGUGUAUAUUUUGGCUCAGUGGCAUGGCUGGCACGGGAAAAUCUACUAUUGCACGGACAAUUGCUCAAUCAUUUGCUAGCAACGGUCAGCUAGGUGCAAGCUUCUUCUUUAAGCAGGGCGAGGGUGAGCGCGGCAACGCCUCGCGAUUCUUCCCCACCAUCGCUACAGACCUAGCUACCUGUGAGCCAGGUAUGCUACCUGGUCUUAGGGAAGCACUCGAUAAUGACUCAAAUAUAUCACAGAAGACUCUGACAGAUCAGUUUGAGAACCUAGUUCUGAAGCCACUCCAAAAGAUACAGCAGCCUUGUUCACGGGCCUUGGCGCGUGUUAUUAUAAUAGACGCACUAGACGAAUGUGAGCAAGAAGAAGACAUUCGAACGAUCCUUCGGCUGCUUGCUCGAGCUAAAGAUAUCCAUCCAAUUGCGCUACGGAUUGUCGUUACUAGCCGACCAGAGCUUCACAUUCGCUUAGGUUUCAAAGAGAUUUCAAACAGCACAUACCAAGACCUUAUACUUCACGAAGUACCAAGGAGCACGGUCGAGCACGACAUCCGUCUCUUUCUCGAACAUGAGCUCAAUAUAAUACGUAAAGAACGCAUGCUAGCUCCAGACUGGCCAACAGAACAACAGAUUCUAGAACUCGUCGAGCUAGCUACACCACUUUUCAUCUAUGCUGCUACAGUAUGUCGGUACAUUGGUGGUAAAGGAAGUAACCCUACGGCUUUCCUCAUCAAGGUUUUGCAGUAUCGAAAAGCAAACUUCUCAAAGUUAGAUCAAACCUAUCUCCCUGUUCUUGAUCAGCUGCUUUAUGAACAGGAAGAAGACGAUAAGGAAACCUGGCUUCAAAAUUUUCGAGAAAUUGUCGGCAGUCUUGUCCUUCUCGAAAACCCGCUCUCCGCUGUUUCGCUUAGCCGCUUGCUUCAAGUUCCACAAGAAGAGGUCAAGUCUCAUCUUGAAUCUUUGCACUCUGUGCUCAAUGUCCCCAACGAUGAGAACGCACCUACCAGACUCUUACACUUGUCUUUCCGCGAAUUCCUUGUCGCCCCUCAAAAACAAGGGAAAAGCCCAUUCUGGAUAGACCAAACGGACACACACAAGAAGCUAGCUACGCGUUGCCUUGAACGGAUGUCUGGAUCACAUGGCCUGCAUGAGAAUAUGUGCAACCUGUCAGGGCCUGGGGUCUUGAAAAGCGAAAUCGACAAGGGGACAAUAGCUAGUUGCUUGCCAUCUGACCUACAGUAUGCAUGUUAUUACUGGGUGCAUCAUCUCGUGCAGAGCAAGCAAACCAUUGCCGACGGAGAUACGAUGCAUGUCUUUCUCAGAAAUCAUUUUCUCCAUUGGAUAGAAGCUAUGAGUCUUAUGAGUGAUCCGUCGAGUUAUUAUCGCUUGAUAUGCGAUCUCAAAGCGACUAUAGAUGUGCUAUUUGCAACCAACAUUUGGACUUUUCUCUGCGAUGCUGAGCAAUUUGUAGAGACGUUUUCGACAAUACUGAGAAGAGCCCCUUUGCAGGUCUACUACUCAGCACUUGCAUUCGCAUCGGAGAGUAGUAUGAUACGUCAAACGUUUAUGAGCAAAUUAUCAGAGAAGGUUCAUAUGGUGGCCAUGAACGAAGCAGGCCAGGACGCUUCUGGUAAUUUAAUUGGGGGCCAUUCGCGCCGGAUUACAGAUGUGGCCUUUUCACCAGACAGUCAGAUAGUCGCAUCGGCGUCUAGAGACAAAACAGUACGGCUGUGGAAGGUGGCGACAGGGAAGUGUCAUAGGGUGCUCGGGGAUCAUUCCCAUCGGUUCACUGCGGUGGCCUUCUCGCCAGACGGCCAGCUGCUCGCGUCAGCGUCUGAAGAUGGGAUAGUAUGGCUGUGGGAAGUGGCUACUGGGGUUUGCCGUAUCACUCUAAACGGUCUUUCAGGAUACGUUCAUUUUAUCCGCUUCUCACCAGAUGGCCACGGUCCCGAGCUUACCAUCGCAGCCUGGCUUUUUUCGACCGAGGCAACUUUGGCUACCGAACGAUCAACAACCUAUUCUUUUCCUCCCGGUAGGAUAUCGAACUCGGGCGACUACUACAUCCAACGGCACGAUUUGUUUGGGACUGAAAUCUGGCCGUGUAAUUUUGCUUACGAUUAA